AUGGCGCUGCUGGACGUGUGCGGAGUCCCCCGGGGGCCGCAGCUCGUCUGGGCUAGCCAGGAUGCGGGUGCGGGAAGCAGGCGUCGCUCGGACCUGGGGCACUACAGUUUCUCCAUGCAAGCUCCGGAGCUCGCCCUCCCCCGGGGAAUGCAGCCCACCGAGUUCUUGAAGUCCUUCGCUGGAGACAGAGAGAGGAGUGUUCAGAUUGAGAUGGCUCACGGUACCACCACGCUGGCCUUCAAGUUCCAGCACGGUGUCAUUGUAGCGGUGGACUCCAGGGCCUCCGCUGGAAGCUACAUCAGCUCCUUAAGGGUGAACAAGGUGAUUGAAAUCAAUCCUUACCUGCUGGGCACCAUGUCUGGCUGUGCGGCUGACUGUCAGUACUGGGAACGGCUGUUGGCCAAAGAGUGCAGGCUGUACUACCUACGCAACGGGGAGCGGAUCUCAGUGUCAGCAGCCUCCAAACUGCUUUCCAACAUGAUGUGCCAGUAUAAAGGCAUGGGCCUCUCCAUGGGCAGCAUGAUCUGCGGCUGGGACAAGAAGGGUCCAGGGCUGUACUAUGUGGAUGAAAAUGGGACUCGGCUCUCAGGCCACAUGUUCUCCACUGGCAGUGGGAACACCUAUGCCUAUGGAGUUAUGGACAGUGGCUACAGGCCCAAGCUUACUCCGGAAGAGGCCUGUGACCUUGGCCGCAGGGCUAUCGCUCAUGCCACCCACAGAGACAGCUACUCUGGAGGCGUCGUCAAUAUGUACCACAUGAAGGAAGACGGCUGGGUGAAAGUGGAAAGUACCGAUGUCAGUGACCUGCUCCACCAGUACCUUCCCAGCAGUCAAUCGGUAGCAACCACGCAGGGGGGAGCCUUUCUGGGGACCGGGGUCCGGCGCACGGGCCCUGCGGACGGGGCGCGCGGGUGUCGGGCGCCGCCUGCUGGCCGCCUCGCGCAGCACAGGGCGGCGCUGGGAAACGAAAGCGAAAGCCCGGGAGCCACGCGCGACGCCGGGGGACCCCGAGUCCAGAAGGAGCGGAUUUCAGGCUCCGUCUUCCAGGACUUUGCAGGAAGCCCUGCGGAGCGGCUGUCCCGGCGCAGCAGGGGCGCAGUCCACGCCAACACCCUCCGCGUCCCCUGUCCCGGGUCCCUGACCCCAGCAUAA